UUUUUAUAUAGCUAUGAUAAUGACAUAUUAUUAUCAUAGCUCUUGUUAACAAGUUAAAUAAUGUGCACAUGGUUGUAGCUACAAGUUAUUUAUUUAUUAAAAAAAGAAUAUAAUAUUUAUAUAUACAUAAUAAUUAAUAAAAUGGCAAAAUCAAGUUCUACAAGUAAAGCUCCUCGAACCCAAGGGUUUAAUAGGUCUAGUCACAGUAUGAAUCCAGAAAGAAAAACUGAUAAUUUAAAAGGUGUUGCAAAAGUUAGGACUAAAGCAACUAUUAAAAGACUUCAAAUGUAUAGAAAUUUUAAAGCAAAACGUGAUAGAAAAGGCAAAAUAAUUCAAGCUGCACCAUUUCAAGGUUGGUUGCCAUGUGGUACCCAAGCUCGUGUUGAACCAAAUCGUAAAUGGUUUGAUAACACUAGAGUUAUUGGACAAAAUGCCCUACAGAAGUUUCAAGAAGAACUUGGUAAAGCUGUACGUAAUCCAUAUGAUAUAAUCAUGAAGCCAACUGGUUUACCAAUUACACUAUUAAAUGAAAAAAAGAAACACGAUCGUGUUCAUAUUCUUGAAACUGAAAGUUUUGAAAGCGUAUUUGGCUCUAAAAAAACCCGUAAACGUCCAAAUUUGAUUGUAAGAGAUGAACAACAUUUAUCUGACACAGUAAAUACUAUUAAUGAGUCUUAUUCAGAUGAUAAAGAUUUGGACUUAGUUCGUGAAGAUACAGGAGAAAAAAAGGCACCUCGUGAUUGGAUAAUGGCUGCUGGGCAAAGUAGACGUAUAUGGAAUGAGUUAUACAAAGUAAUUGACUCAUCAGAUGUAAUUAUAAUGGUUCUUGAUGUCAGAGAUCCUCCUGGUACACGUUGUGCUCAUAUUGAAAAUUUUUUGAAAAAAGAAAAACCGCACAAACAUUUGAUAUUUGUAUUAAAUAAAGUUGAUCUCGUACCAGUAUGGGUUACUCAAAGAUGGGUAGCUGUACUUAGUUCAGAAUAUCCUACUAUAGCAUUUCAUGCAUCCUUAACACAUCCAUUUGGGAAAGGUGCUGUAAUUAAUUUACUACGACAGUUUACAAAAUUGCAUUCAGAGAGAAAACAAAUUAGUGUUGGUUUUAUUGGAUACCCAAAUGUAGGAAAAAGUUCAGUUAUUAAUGCUCUGCGUUCAAAAAAGGUUUGCAAAGUUGCUCCUAUUGCUGGUGAAACCAAAGUAUGGCAAUAUAUUACAUUGAUGAAACGAAUAUUUCUUAUUGACUGCCCAGGAGUAGUUUAUGAUGCAACUAAUACAGAAACUGAUACUGAAAAAGUAUUGAAGGGUGUUGUUAGAGUAGAACUUGUACCAGAUCCAGUUCAAUACAUAUCUUCAUUAAUGGAAAGAGUCAAAGAUGAACAUUUAUCUAAAACAUAUGGAAUUGUUAGUUGGGAUGACGGUGAAGAUUUUCUAUCACAAUUGGGUACUAAAACAGGUAAAUUAUUAAAGGGUGGAGAAGCUGAUAUAACCCUUUGUGCUAGAAUGGUUCUAAAUGAUUGGCAGAGAGGGAAAAUUCCUUAUUAUAAAGUACCUCCUGGUUUUGAAAUACCAUUAUCUACCAAUGAAAAGGAACAUGAACCUAUCACUAAAAGAGCAGAUUUAAAUGUUGUUGAGGAAAAUGAUUCUGAAGAAGAAGCUGAAAAUAUUGCUAAUUUACCAAAUCAAGAAGAUGAAAAUGCAACAUCAACAGAUAGUGAUGAGGAAGAAGAAAGAAAAAAUGAAAAACAAGUCAAAUUGCUAGAAGCUCGUGAAGCAUAUAUGAACAGUUUAACAAGCAAACAAAAGAGAAGUUUAAUGUUACGAAAUAAAAGGAAGAAAGUUGGAAGUGAUUUUUAUGAAGUUACAAAUGUUAAAAAUCGUAAUAGAGAUAGAAAAAUACUUAAGAGCUAAUAUAAAAAUAUACUUUUUUAAACUAUUUUUAA